AUGGAAGUCAACCAAAAGGCUGAGUACGACGCUCAAAAGGCGCACGAGGCCAAGAUAGCCAGGCAAAAGGCCGUGAAAGCCCAGCAGCAGGCCGGGUACCAAGCGGCCGAGGCUGAAAGAGACAGAGACCAGGCUCAAUAUGAAGCGCACGCGGCCGAAAUUUAUAGGCAACAGGUCGAGGAUGAAGCCUACGAGGCCAACCAAAAGGCCAUUCAGGAGGACGAAUUCAGAAGGCUUUACCGCGCCUUCGCGGUGUACUACGAUGCCUACUACGAUGCCUUCAGGGCCUUUGGGGCGCUUGCGGAGUUUGAGGGCUCUGAUGAUUGGCCAGGUGUGGUAGAUCCGAGGAUGGUGGACAGGGCUCAUGUUGGAGACUAG